AUGAUAUCACAACGGAUCCGUCCAUGGAAGCAUGAAACGGCGAAGCAUGAAGAAAUGCUUGAAUUAGAGUUACCGAACGGUGGCGGCGCCAUUCGGCGGCUAGAUGCAAUUGGCCGGAAAGUACGAACUGGGACGACAGCGACGGAGCGAGAGAAACAAAUUGCUCAAGUUUGUUGGUUUGUUUUGGGUAUUUGCUGGGACGAGUUUCUUGAACAAGAAUGUGUACAGGAGGUAGCAACCCGAACAACAGCCAGGGUGAGCACUAAUGCAGCAGCGCUUACCCCGUUGUUAAGGCCUCGAUGA